UUGAGGGAACUGGAGCAGCUGCUUUGGGCGGACUGGGAACGACGCAUUUCUACUGUGUGAUCCUGCCACCUUCCUUGCCCGACGCCAUGGGAGUGACUUGUGUGUCCCAGAUGCCUGUGGCUGAGGGCAAGAGUGUCCAGCAAACCGUAGAGCUCCUCACUCGGAAAUUGGAGAUGCUUGGGGCAGAGAAGCAAGGAACAUUUUGUGUGGACUGUGAGACGUACCAUACUGCUGCCUCUACCCUUGGCAGCCAAGGUCAGACCGGGAAGCUGAUGUAUGUGAUGCACAACUCGGAGUACCCAUUGAGCUGUUUUGCCCUCUUUGAGAAUGGCCCUUGUCUUAUUGCUGACACCAACUUUGAUGUGCUUAUGGUGAAGCUGAAGGGCUUUUUCCAGAGUGCUAAGGCCAGCAAGAUUGAGACCCGGGGCACCCGGUACCAGUACUGUGACUUCCUGGUGAAGGUGGGCACGGUCACAAUGGGGCCCAGUGCCCGGGGCAUCUCUGUGGAGGUGGAAUAUGGCCCCUGUGUGGUAGCUAGUGACUGCUGGAGUCUGCUGCUCGAGUUCCUACAGAGUUUUUUAGGCAGCCACACACCAGGGGCUCCUGCAGUGUUUGGGAACAGACAUGAUGUGGUCUACGGCCCAGCAGAUACCAUGGUCCAGUACAUGGAACUCUUCAACAAGAUCCGCAAGCAGCAGCAGGUGCCUGUGGCUGGGAUUCGUUAGUGAUGAGCAGCUGCCAGCUGAGCUCUGUCUCUAGGGGUACUCCACAGAGGAGCAGGUACUGACUCUCAGGUCCCUGGACCCCAGAAACCCAGGGUAGACAUGGAGUCUACUCUCCCUCUUUGGUUCCCAGCUGUGGCUUUUGUUCUGAGGCUCUGAAGUCCACCCCGGAACACCGAUUCCCUGACCCUCACACAUAGUUCCCCAUCAGCUGUUUUACUCCACGCCUUACUGGAUUUGGCUUGUCCUCAAGAAUGGUAAUUAUGAAGAAUGGAGAAGCUUUGACGCUGCCUCCUUUAGGGGAAAGGUAGGACAGGGGUGUCCCUGCCUGGUAUUCGUGGGGGAAACUGUCUAUAUCCCCAGCUGUUGAGGAUUUGUCCCAGGCCCACGGUAAACGUGCUGCAUUUUAUGUUUGGACUGUGCUGUAAUAAGAGCCUCCUCCUUUACUCAGAAGAUAUGGCUGGGCCUCUAUCCUGGAGAUGGAGUGGAAGGCACAACUGGUUUGAUAGUUAUCAUUUUCUGACUUGUUCGUUGAAGUGAUUUGCGAAUUGACUUUCCUCAGGUGUUGCCUGAGUCCUCUGAACUCUCCUGACAUCUUUCUCUUCUGUUGUGAAAUAUGUUAAGCCACAGGCCAAACUCCUAUGAGACUGAAGUUUGUUUUUUUUUCUCACCAAAUAAUAGGUAAUCAGAUGGUCUAGGGCAGAUUUAACUAUACAAGGUUAUCAGGAGCUUGGUUUCCUUCUCUCUUAUUCAGCCACUCCCAGGAUAUUUCCUUACCCACAAUGUCAAAGCAGACUCAUCAGCUCCAUAUCUGCAUUCCACUGGGUCAAGAGAGAAAAGAGCAGUUU